AUGGACUGUUAUAAAGAACUAGAAAUAUCGCCAGAUGCUUCUGAAGAUGAUAUUAGAAAAGCUUACAAGAGACUUGCAUUAAAAUACCAUCCCGAUAAAAACCACGAGCCAGGUGCUGCUGAAAAGUUCAAAAGAAUAAGUGAAGCCUAUCAAAUAUUGACCGAUCCUGAAAAGAGAAAUUUGUAUGAAAGUCAACAGUUUGAAGAUGAUGGAUACGAGCAGCCUCAGUCUUACAGUAGAGGAGGAGCAAGACAUUACAGAUACUUUCAUGAAGACCCAUUGUUUGCGGCUUUUACAUUCCGGAAUCCGGACGAUAUAUUCAGGCAAUUCUUUGGAGGUCAAGACCCGUUCAAUGUGCUAUUUAAUGAUCCUAUCAUGGGCGGUGGUGGCACCCGUGUCGUCAGGGACCCAUUUUUAAGUGCGUUCGAAGGUCCAACUGUAAACAGCAACGUGUUUGGCUCUUUUAACGAUGGUUUGUCUGGUGCUUCGCGUAGUGUCUCAACUACCACAACCAUUGUUAAUGGUCAGAAGCAUACUAUCACAAAAAUACAGGAUGCAAACGGUACUCGUAUUAUUGAAGAUUAUGGGGAUGGACACCAGCGCGUUACUUUGAAUGGAAAAGAACAAGUGCCAUCCAGUAUAGAUAAAAAAGAACAACCCCAACCCGUAGUAAAUGAUCAAGUCCCGAAGCAGCAAAAAAUUGACUAUGAGCAACCUCAAAGACAAUCAGAAGAGUCUUAUCGAAUGCCUGAAAUUAGCCAAACAUAUACAAACAAUAAUAUUAAUAAUGGGGAUUAUGGUAAUGAACAUGUUAAUGCAUAUUACCAAGAGGAUAAUUCGCAAAAGAGCCCUUUCCGUCGGCUUCUGUCUUCAUUAUGCUGUGGUUUCUGCUAA